AUGCUAUUAAACGCGUUUGAGAGAUCCGCCUGGAGAAUCGUGGCGUCACUGUGCGUGCUCAUGUAUGAUCUGGCGGCGUGGAUUAUCGCCUCGCUACCUCCCUGGACGGCGACGCAGUACUGGAGUGGGAGGAAAUGGGCUCGUGCCGCUUCUGCUAGUGAGGAAAGUGCCGAUUUUGCCGCGAGGCGUAGGACACACUCUCCUACGGCUAUGGGCCGAGUCCCUCCCUCUGGCUUAGCGAGAGCGAUGAGGCGGGAGGACGUGAGCAAGGAGCACACCUCUUCGGGGAGUUUCCCUUGGAGUAUUGUGUUGACGAGGGCGUGGAGGUGGGUGGUAACGGCUGCGUUGGCGAUAGCUGCAUCCCUGAGGUGUUCGAACGUCAUCCCCGACGGCCCUCCCCCCACACCGUUUUCGCAGCGGCAUAGGAUUUUCGCGAAUGCAGCUGAGGUGAUGGUCACCACGUGGGCCUCGUCCGUUGGUGUCCAGUCAAUGUGUCCAGGUGGCGUGGCCUCGCCGCCCGUUGGAAGCCGUUCUCCCGUCCUCGGCCACGCCCCGCAGCUCACCGCCGCCCGCCUCUGCCUCCACGUAAUGCCUGUCGCAGGUGGUGGCGGUUCCCCGUUGCCGUAUUCGCCGCGGCCGUUUGGCGUGGCGUUUGCUGCGCUUGCCUCGCCGGUACAGUCGGCGCCGGUUGCCCCUGUUGCGGCAAUGUCUGUCGCGGGUUCUCCUGCUCACGCGUGCUCCACGGUAGUCGACUCUGGACGAGAGUCGGCGGGUGUGGCCGUCCAACCGCGCGUGGUGGCGCCGGCGCCUGUGCCUGCCUUCGUUCUGGCGCCUGCGGCUGACGUGGCGCCUCUCCCUGCUCCUGGCGCGGCGCCCUCUCCCGCGCCUCACGUUCCGGUGUUGCCGUCGCCUGCUGAGACGGCGGCUGUUGCUGGGGUGGCACCUGCGUCUGGCGUGGCGCCUCCUCCUGCGCCUGUGGCGCUGCCCGUGGUGUCUCCUGCUGCAUCCCUUGAUGCACCGGGUGGGAAGUCUGCCCCUCCGCUCCCCUCGGCUUCCGCGUCUGGCCAUGCCCUUCCUCCGGCAGUGCUGCAGCGUAACUCCCGUCCUCAUUCGCCCUCCCCCCAAGAUGAGCGGGAUGUGUCUCGUCGACGGCGUGAUUCCCCUCACCGACGGCAGCCGCAGGCGAACUGGCAUGCGCACCAGGGUGGGUGGAGGGGGGGUCGUGGUCGCGGGCGUGGCGGGUGGCUGGACGCGCCAGCAACAAUCGCGAACGUGCGGCAGAUUGUGACUGAGGCGUUUCGCGACGGUCAGGCCGGCCCGGCGAGUCAGAACAACUCGCGACGUGCGGCUCCAACGCCGUCUGCUCCCCUUCCGGUCGCUCGCCCCGUGGUUGCUCUGACGCCCGCGGUGUCACUGCCGACUCCCUCGGCCCCUGCUCGUGGUGGUGGGGCUGGACUUCCUCGACUACAGCUCCCUUCUCUGGCGGAGGAGCUCCUUCCCCCGCGCGCCGAGGUUCCGGAGGCGACGCUCGGCCAGUUAUGGAGGCUCUCGGAGAGCCUCCGUGCGCUCCUGCUUGUGCAGUCCCUGGCGCACGGGUCUCUUCCGCCUGUUCCGGCGGAAUCACUGCUUGACGGCCCGCGGGACGACUGUCUUGACGCGGCCGACCAGAUUGCCCUCCUCCUAGCGCCUGUGUUGGCCGCGCCCGUGCGGGGAGGCGUUGGGGCUGUGGCGCAACUGGACGCGGCUGUGCGGGACUUACGGAGGUACCUGCGGGCAGGUUCCGGAGCCGACGCGAUUGGCGCCGCCAUUCUGGUGGUCCGCUCGGUGUGGCAGACGAUGACGGGCAUUCUGCAUGCCCUGCAGGCGGAUCGGAUGUAG